AAGGAACCAGUCACGAGCCCACGAUCUUGCAGCUCUCUGAUCUCCGAACGCGGCAUUCUACCUACGAUACUAUACUCCUACGCUUCUCCGAGUGAUCGGCCGUGCCGCUUGAACUUUCUUAUAUUUUGCGGAGCUGCACACUGCCUAGGACACCCCUGAGGGCCACUCGUUGGCGGAGGGCGGAAGGCGUUUCAUGCUGUGACAUCUUUCGACAAGACGUUCUCCGAGGCACCAGUGUUCGCGUUGCUCCUCGCCAGUGCAGUUCCUUUUUGCUGCAUGCAUCUUGGACACAACUUGGCGACAUUUAAUUCCGUACCCUUCGGCGUCACGCGGCUGUGCGCUGCUCGUCCUCCACACGUGCGCGACCCGGCGCCCGCUUGAGACGGCCAACGCUCCCACUAAGCCACACCGCAUACCAUGAAUGGCCGCAAUGCUCCGUUGUCACCAGUCUCUGUAGGCGGUAGCGAGUGGUCAUAUCCAAUCGUCGAAAAGGACAGCCCUCCAUAUCAAAGCAACCAGGGCCAACUCAACACUCCGCCCGACUCCGCAGGACCGGUCAAACCGAUGAACGCCAACUUCCCGCCCGGCCCCCGGAGCGUGGGCGGUAGCGGCAGCGUGGGCGGUCCCUCCCCGCCUCCGUCCGUCGGCGGCAGGUCCAGCGCCGGCACCAAUCUGUAUGCGAGAAGCGAGAGUGGCAGGAGCCAAAGUCAAUCAGAAAAUCAGGAACUGGUCCUGUCGGAACACUACUUCUCCCUCAAGCGCUUCCUCUCCGCGACAUCCCGCGAUGGAAACCCGAAACCUCCGCCGAACAAGGCCCGUGACAAGUUGCAGCGCCUCACCGGCGUCCAAUUCCUCGAACUCAGUACCGACGUGUACGACGAGCUAAAGCGACGCGAGCUCGCGGCCCGGAGACCGCCGAAUGCUCCACCCGGCACCGGCCCUCCCGACUAUCUCUUGCCCGAAGAGAAUUUCCACCCCAAGCGGAACCAGGCGCGCCAGAAGCUCUCCUCCCUCGGUCCCCCGCGUUUCCGCGACCUCGCCACCGAUGUCUUCUGCGAACUGGAAAGGAGAUUCCCGCGUUUCACCGCGGGAGAUGUUCCCCGUGUGGGCAGCCCCGUAUCCGUCCGCGGGGGGCCGCCGAGUCGGUCAGGGACACCGGUUAAUGGAAUGAACGGGUAUCCUCCGAGGGGUCAGAGCCGACGGCGCCCCUCUGAAGCGAGCUCGGUGCGGAGUGGGCGCGGGAUGCCGACCCCUAUGAAUGGCAACUUCCCUAUGCCUCCAUCGCCGAGCGUGAUGAGCGCAGCAAACGGCGACUACGGGCGGCCGAUGCCCAAGCAAUUCCAGAGCAACACGAUUGUUCCGAACAAGAGCACGAUGGUGGAGGAGGAUGACGAUGCUCUCAGCCCGUUAAGUCCGGAUCCCAACGCACCCGAUGCGUACGGGAUGGGCGGGGUCCCAGACAACCGGGGCAGCAACCGGAGUGCAGGGCAAUCCGAGGCCGACAGGAAGCUUAUUGAAGAGUACGAGCAGCAGGUCAAGGAUCUUCGAGAAAAGCUCGAUAAUCUGGAGGACACGCUGAAGAAGAAGGAUGACGAACUUAAUCGCGUGCUGGACGGCGAGCGCUCGAGAGCGGCUACGGCAGACUCGGAGAAGAAAGAGUGGGAUGAUGCGCGUGCGCAGCUGGAGGACAAGCUCGCAGAGGCUCAGGAGCUGAAUGAUUCCCUGCAGAGGGAGCUCGACAGGAUCCGGGGCGAACACGAGAGUGAGACGCGGCAACUCAGGGAAGAGAUCGAGCAGGCCCGGCAGGCUAGCAGCAUUAAUAGCAAUAUGACGUCGAGCGGGGCUGGCGACGCGGAGUUGGAGAGGGAGAACAAGGCGCUGCGCAUGGCGCUGGAAGAGCAGGAGCAAGUGACGGAGGAAGUGCGGCGGGAGGCUCAGGAGUUUCUGCGGGAGAUGAGGAUGAUCUCGCAACAGAGCGGCGCGGCCUGGGAGCGGCAGUCGGAGCUGGAGAAGACGAUCGAGUCGCUCGAACACGAGGUGCGGGUGUGGCAGAAUCGCUACGCGCGCACCAAGACGCAGCUGCGGGAUCUGCGCGGCUCCUCGGCGGGUCUCACGGCCGACCAGGACGCGGCCAAGUACGUUCGGGACAAGGGCUUUGUGGAGGACAAUGGGCUGGUUAAGGACAUCCAUGUCACCAAAUUCCAGCUCGCCAUCGACGAUUUCUUGCAGCGGGCACGCGCCGACAAUCCGGAGCGGCUGAUUGACGCUAUGAAGGCGGUGGUGGUCAGCGUCCGGCGGAUCACCAAGGACAUCGAUGGGUCGGCGCAGAAUGGCGAGGCGGCGAUGCAGCACCAGAAGCUCAAGUCUCGCGUGUCGUCUACUGCCAACAACCUGAUCACGGUGUCCAAGAACUUCGCCAGUUCGGCGGGCAUCUCGCCAGUAUCGCUGCUUGAUGCAGCGGCAUCCCACCUGGUCGCAGCGGUUGUGGAGCUGCUCCGAGCCGCCAAAAUCCGGGCCACGCCUGCGGACGAGCUAGAAGACGACGACGACGGGACCGUCACGCCGGUAGACUCGACUGCCUUCUUCUCGCCGCGGAGCAACGGGCAGAGCCAAAUAUCGAGCAUAACGUCAGUUCAAGACUCGCUACCGCCGCCUCCCCCGUUCCAGGGCCUCGGUCCCAGGAGCCGGGCCAGCGCGGAUUCAUCUAGCUACAGCCCGGUCAGCUCCCCGCGGGAAUCAUACGCCAAGGGUGCGGCGGGUAACGGUUCCACCACGAAUGGCAGCGAAGGCGGAUAUGGGAGUCUGAACAAAGCGCUACCAAUCAUCCCGAACGGGAGCGGAAACGGCAACGGCCUCUACAACUCCCGCCAACAGCAGCCUGACAGACGGACCGAGGACCUCAAGAUCUACCUCGAGGACCAAACAGCCGUGCUCGUGCAGACGAUCCAGAACCUGGUCCAGCUGAUCCGCGACGACGCGGACAUUAAGCAGGUCACGGAGGAGAUCAACGUCAUCACGGACGUGGUCGGGCAGGUAACGGCCGAGACGGAGGCCAUCGGCGCCGACGGCGUGGAGCUGGUCAAGCGGCUGGCGUCGUGCCGCGAGCGGCUGGCCGAGGCGGGCAAGCGCGGGCUCGACCUGGCAUCGCAGGGCAACGACAGCCAGAGCCGCGAGUGGCGCAUGUGGACGCAGACGCUGCCACCUAUCGCGUUCGAGAUCGCGCGCGAGACCAAGGAGCUCGUCCAGCGGGUCGACCGGCUUGUGCUGGAUGAUGGCGCUGAUGACUUUGCGUGAUGAGGGUACCUUUUUUUUUCUGGUUUACCUCACCGCCUGAGAUUUCUUCGGGAUAUCCGUUUUAUAUUGUUCGUUCUCACCUGCCAGCUGCGUGGUUCAAUUCUGCCAUGCCUCGGUGGUAUCAUCCAACGAACUAUGAUCUUGCCUUGAUUUGUUCUUUCUCUUCUACUAGGCCCCCAAAAGUUGGGAAUAUGUUGAUGUAUUGUAUAUAGAAUGGAGCGGGGGAAGCAGCGCAUCAUUUAACGCCUCCCUU